AUGACGGUGGUGGCCGACAUGCUGAUGGUGCUCUGCGGAGGGACGGUCGGCACCCUCCUGGGCCGCCUGUACUACAAUUCUGGCGGCAAGAGCAAGUGGGUGGCCACGCUCAUGCAGUCAGGCGGCUCCCCGCUCCUGGUCAUCCCGCUGCUCCUGACGCCCCCGCACCCGGCGGAGGAGCGCCAGCCGGCGGCGUCCAUGGUGGCGGCCGUCUACGUGGGCAUCGGGGUCCUGCUCGGCUUCGACAACCUCAUGUACGCGUACGCGCUGCUGUACCUGCCGGUGUCCACCUUCUCGCUCGUGGCCGCGACGCAGCUAGGCUUCAACGCCAUCACGUCGCGCCUCAUCAACGCGCAGCGCUUCACGGCGCUCAUCGCCAACUCCGUCGUCGUGCUCACCUUCGCCGCGGCCCUGCUCAGCAUCGGUUCCUCCUCCGACGAGACCUCCAGCGACGUGCCGCGCGGCAAGUACGCGCUCGGGUUCGUCCUCACGCUGGCCGCGUCCGCCUCCUUCGCGGUCAUCCUGUCGCUCUUCGAGGUGGCGUUCGAGAAGGUGGUCAGGGCGCGGACGAUGCGGUGGGUGCUCAAGGUGCAGAUGUUCACGAACCUCGUGGCGACGGCGGUCGGGGUGGUGGGCCUGUUCGCGUCCGGGGAGUGGCGGACGCUCCCGGGGGAGAUGGCGGCGUUCAAGAACGGGAGGGCGAGGUACGUCCUGACGCUGGUGGGCACGGCGGUGUGCUGGCAGGCGGCGGCCGUGGGCACAGUGCGGCUGGUCGCGAGGGUGUCGUCGCUGUUCGCCAACGUGACGGGCACGGUGGCGCUGCCGCUGGUGCCGGUGUUCGCGGUGGUGCUGUUUGGGGACAGGAUGACGGGCAUCAAGGCCGUGGCGAUGCUCAUGGCCGUUUGGGGGUUCCUCUCGUACGUGUACCAGCACUACCUCGACGGCCGACGCGUCGCCUCCGGGAAGGGGACCGAGUGCUGCGUCGUCUGUGCCGCACGGACGGCAGGCGACACGGCUUAG